AUGAAUGUAAUGAAGAAGAAGAAUACCGAGAAUUAUGAAGUAAAAAAAGAAGUGAAUCAAGACUGCGCACGGCGUCUAUUUAUACAUCGAAUGAGAAAUGGCAUGCAGCAGGUAUCAUCUCACAGAAUCGCAGUUGAUACCUUGGUUUAUGUUCGAAAAAUCAUAGGUUUUGGAAAGUACAACAGUGCUCAAGAACUCAUUGAGUUGCUGGAAACUGAAAGAAAGCAUUUGUUGGAGGCAUUGCCUUAUCAGUUUGUUGUUUCAAAUAUUGUAUUAUGUGUGAUCAAAAUUAUCUGUGAAGAAAACGGUGAAACUACCGCUGCAUUUGGAGAUCUAGUACCGCAUGAUUCCUUAGAUGAGCUCUGGAAAACUCCAGGCAGUAGAAAAGUUAUGGAUCCACGGAAAUUUCGAAAACUAGCUCUUGUUGCUAUUAAUGAAUUUGCAGCUGAAAUCGACACUUGUGUUGAUGAUAUAUGUGCCCAGGCAAGUGAUUACAUCUGUACAUCUGAUGUUAUCAUAACACACUCACUGUCGUUGUCAUCUACACUGAGAGCAUUUUUCAAGUCAGCUCGUAAAAGUCAGAAAAAUUUUCGAUUACUAGUAGUAGAUGAAGAAAUUGAUUAUGGUGAUUGUUUGUCGUCAGUGGAUGUUUUAACUGCUAUGCAGCGCGCUACUCGAGUCUUUAUCUCUGCUGUCGCUGUAUUUCCGGAUGGAUCUUGCUUGGCACCGGCAGGAUGCUUAAUGAUAUGUUUAGCAGCUAGACGGCAUGCAGUACCAGUUUCAGUUUGUACUUCUUUCUACAAAUUUACUCCAUUUUUUGUAGCGGAUAUUGAUCGUAUACACUCUUUCGGUUCUGCCACUGCUGUGGUACCUUUCUCAGAGAUGGAAGAAAUGGAAAAUGCCCAAAUUGUGAAUCCCAUCUUCGAUCUGAUAUCUGCAGAGCUUAUAUUGCAGUAUAUAUCACAUACAUCCACCCUCACUCCCUCCCAUGUUUACCGUUUUAUUGGGGAUUAUUACUGUCGUGAUCGCACUGAAAUGUCUUUGUAG